AUGAUGUUUGGACAUGGAGUUAUUACAGCGUUUUGGAAAGUUAGUUUUUACUAUACACUUGACUAAAAUGUUUUACAACACAGUUUUUACUAACAAAGUGACUAGUAUAUGACUGACAGCCAGUCACGGUUAUAUAAAAACUAAAUGACCGGCAGUCAGGCAUGCAUUUAUGGUUUAAGUCAAAUUUUAAAAAGUAAACUAACCCCAACCCUUAAUUCCCUAACCCGUAGAACUCGAAGAGAGUUAAAACUAGUCAAGAAGAAAACGUUAAACUAGUUUUAAGUGAAAAUGCUAACGCAAAUAGAAUUACAUCCUGAAGCAUUAUCGAACCCGGGAACUAGAACGUAACAGUCGCACAUCCAACCUUCUGAGCUGCUGUCAAACUGUAUUAUUAUGGUAUUGGAUCAUGAUGCCACUGUCGAUAUAAGUUAGCCCGUAAAAUACCGUUAAUUAAUUCAACUGGUCAAUAAAAUUCGACAGAAACUCAACAUCUUAAACAGGACUGUGUCUUUGUUCCAUUAUUUGAAUUUGCGAUGCUUCAUUGACAAUUAGCACAAGUAUUGGUCAUUUAUACAAAACGCAAGACAAACACCAGUUUGUUGUGAUGUUAUUAUAUAUAUAAACGGGUUUAAAGGAAACAUUAAGAAAUAGCGGGUGUUAAAUUUUGUUGGCUGAUUAGGUAAGUUAUUAUUUUAUGAUGGGAAGGGUACAUAUUUGUGUGUGUAUUUUGCACACAUACUGUAAUGUACAGUAUCAAUCGAAUGCAGUCUGUAACAAUAUCUAUAAUUGUACAGUGUUCAAAGUGUUACUCGUAGUCGACUGCUGCGUGUGGGCUAUUUCCUUGACCCCCAUUUUAAAGAAAACUUGACUAAGACUAAUUAAAAAAAGUUUCGUCCGAAUAUCCUGAAAAAAACAGUGGAGCAGAAUUUGUUGCAUGUUGAAUUUUAAAAAGUUUUAAAUCAAGUUUGAUAUAGGCUUUGAAUAUUAUAUCAAAUGCCAAUUGUUGAAUUGCUCUUCCUUAAUUUUGUUGAGAAACUUCUUUAGUAGUACAGUGCACCUUAAUAGACUAAGUUGAAGGCAUAAAAGUUUAUGUAUUUUAAAUAAUUUAGCUGGACGACCACGAGGAAAGAACGUUUAUCAUGGUGAAGCCUGAUGGUGUUCAAAGAGGUUUAAUUGGAGAUAUAAUAAAACGAUUUGAACAAAAAGGGUUUAAACUGGUUGCCAUGAAAUUUGCACAGGUAUUUGUGUAUUUAUUGGGCCUUUGAAGCUUUGACAUUGAUAGUUUAUUGAGUACACCUUUUACACACUGACGACAGCUCUCACUAGCACUACAGAUCCUUACAUGGUCACCAAUAUUUAUUUAAUUGACUUUGAUUUUACAUUUAAUUCAAUUUCUAUUUUUGUUUGUUUGUUUUUAUACCAGCCAAAUAGAGAACUUUUGAAUAAACACUAUGAAGAUUUGAAGAACAGACCUUUCUUUCCAGGACUUAUAAAGUACAUGGUCUCCGGACCUGUUGUUGCAAUGGUGAGAUGUAGGACUUUCACACUUACACCAUGCCAUUUGAAGAAUAAUUAUGAUUAAUGUAACACCAAAUCCAAAUGUGUAGCGCAGUGUAAUAGCUGUUAAAGUUAUGUUUAACUAUUUUAUAUUUAGGUCUGGGAAGGUAAAGGUGUUGUGAAGACUGGACGAGUAAUGCUUGGCGAAACUGACCCGGUAUAAUGGGCUGUAAUGUUUUCUUUUUUAAUUACAUAUAAUAUAUAUAUAUAUAUAUAUAUAUAUAUAUAUAUAUAUAUAUAUAUAUAUAUAUAUAUAUAUAUAUAUAUAUAUAUAUAUAAUAUAUAUAUAUAUAUAUAUAUAUAUAUAUAUAUAUAUAUAUAUAUAUAUAUAUAUAUAUAAUAUUUAUAAAAAUAUGUGUGAUGCACCGUGCAGGGCAUGCAGUAAUAAUAUGGAAUGUGUGCAUCAAACAGCUCAUUCGUCCAGGUUAUGACUUGCUUCUGUAUUUAAUGAUAUUUGAUGGCAUUAUUUUUUCAUCCAGGCAAAGUCGCUUCCCGGAACAAUCCGUGGAGAUUAUUGUAUUCAAGUAGGAAGGUAAUGUAAAUCUACAUUUAUGUAUUAUUUUCAACACUGGCUUUUUAUAAUUAACUGCACGAGGAUGGCAACGAACUUAUUUUUAUUAAUCAAAUUAUUAAAAGAGUGUCCAGUGUGAAACUUCUCGUUUCUUUUUGUAAGAAAAUCAAACAUAAUAGCUAUAACUGUGUCUGUUACGGGAACUAAAAAAUCAAUCCGUAUAUAUAACAAUAGAAAAUAUCCAGUUUGGCGAUUACGUAGGUGAUGUUUUUAUCGACGGUGUGAAUGUUGUAUACAGUGCUGUCUAACUAAAUUUAGACAGCACUGUAUACAUAUAUAACUAGAUUUGACGAGCGUGAAGCCGUGAAAUCGUGACGUCAUACGAUGACGUCAUAGAUGUUUGAAAAUACAGAGCAUAAAUGCAUAAUUAUAUGAAACAUUAAAACAAGAUAAGGUAUCGAUUUAUUAAGGACACCAUUUUAGUAAUUUUGAUUCUACUUCAUGAAAAAGUAGUCAGGUUUUGUUUAAUAAUGUUCUUAUUGUUCAUCCCUCGUCAUCGUUGGUUAAAUCGAUUCAAAAUUGUCCAAAUAUACAAAAUAUUAUCAAAAUAUGAGUAUUAAGCUGUUAUGAGGAGUGAUUUGGAGACUUUUGGGCAAAAUAAUGGCAAAAAGAAAUAAAGAACAAAUUAUACGAAAAGUUGAAGAGAAGAGAAUUUUACCUGGGAGCGGUCCAUGUUAUUCAACUAAUAUCUCCACUACAACAUGGAUUUCUGAGAAAGCGUUCAUGUAUAACACAACUGCUCUCAGUACUUCACAACAUUGGUCAAAAUCUUGACAAUAACACCCAGUCGGAUGUUUUGUAUCUUGAUUUUGCCAAAGCAUUCGACUCGGUUGACCAUCAAAUACUUGUUGAGAAACUAAAAUGCUACUGCGUGGCUGGACGACUCCUGGACUGGUUCACUGACUACCUGAACGGUCGAACUCAAAGGGUUGUGAUCGACGGUGCUGUAUCUCAGUGGGUCCCUGUUACCUCCGGAGUGCCUCAAGGAAGUAUCCUGGGUCCCUUAUUAUAUUUGUUAUAUUCAUUAACGAUCUCCCUGAAAUUAUUCCAAAUGGAACCAAUACAGCACUGUACGCGGACGAUACCAAAUUACAUCGAAACAUCUCGUCUCUGACUGACUGCGAGGGUUUACAGCAAGCCCUCAGCAACAUCAACAUCUGGAGUCAGCAGAGCAAUAUGAAAUUCAACAGCACAAAAUGUAAAGUUCUCACCAUUACACGCAAGCAAAAUCCUGUGGUUUACGAUUACCAACUUGGUUCUGCCAUAUUAACCCGCGUUCAGCAAGAGAAAGAUCUUGGAGUUACUAUAUCGUCCAAACUCACCUGGCAUCAUCACGUAUCUGCAAUUGUUGCAAAGGCAAACAAGUUAUUAGGUCUUCUUGAGAGAACUUGCCCACUGUUAUAGCUGAUAUUCAA